UGUAUUUUUUUCCUUCAAAACAGAAACAGUCUGAGAAAAAAAUGAGUUUGUAAAUGUCUAAACAAGUUUCAGCGUUAGUUUUAAAAAUGAGAUAGAGAAAGCUCUAUCUGGAUCGUCAGUAUUAACCAGUUACUUCCUACUGACACAUGGUAAUGUCAAGGUUGUUUGAAGUACUGUCCUAAAGGAUGUUUUGGUCAUAGUUAAUAGGAUCUAUAUUAUGUCAUGAGGGAGAUUCUCUUUAUGAAGCCUCAUUAAGGGUUCAGACAAGAUCUCUAAAAGCAAAAGUAAAUCUAGAGAUGAAAUAUUGGCACAUGUAUCUCUGAUGAAAUGCAUGUUCCUUGUACAGGUCCAGUUCUAGAAACCUAAUUUCAGUUACUUGUACUGCCUUUUACAGAUCUAGAGAUUAACAUUCAAUCUAAAAAUGUUCAGCUCUGCAGACGAGGUUUUCUCAUUGGAUAAUUUAUUUUAUGAAAGACCAGAUACAAAAAAAGGUAAAUAUUUACUGUUAAAUACAUAUAAUUGUUUCCCAAGUAUUUCCAGACUGUGUUUAACAGCAGAUUUUUUUAAAUGUAACUUCCAUUUCUACUUCUUAAUAGAAAUCUGAGGCUAGAAAUUUCAUGGUUCCAGCAACUCGUACUUUCAAGUAUUUUUCUCAGUAAGCUAACAAGAUUUGGAUAAUGCAGGCAUAUCUUCCAGGUGUAAGAAGAAUUUAGCUGAAUUUUUGCCUCUUAAAUUUACUGUGAUUAAAAAUCACAUGACUUAAAAAGUUUUUUAGCAGGAGAAACGGUAUGUUGUUUUGUGAGUAGUUGUUUUAAUCUAGGUGUUAUAGAGGGUGCUUUAAGAAUGCUUUUUCCUUGCAUUUUUUAUGAUAGAGAUCUAGAAAAUAACAAGUCAAACAUUUGGUGGAUUGCACCUGCUCCAGCAAUUGAUGAAAUUCCACCUGCAGAGGAGUUACAGAGGGAACUUGAAAAAAACGCAGCCAGCAGUUGCAUGGGAGGGAUAAAACACCAGAAGUUCAUACAACAAUGUAAGAGUAUCACUGAGGAAGUAAAUAACAAAUCACCAGUACCUACUUGUUUUGGCACAGCCUCUGAAAAAGAAGUGCUCCAGUUAUGUGUAGGAGGAAGAACAAAAAAGCAUGGAAGUCUGAAAAUGGCUUCAAUGUUUCUCUCUCCCGAUCAAGCUAAAUAUAAAAUAGGAACAGAGAUUUUUCAGCAACCUGAUUCAAAUUUCUCAAAGACUAAAAUAUUAAUUAAUUUUCCAGAAAAUGGUGAUGAUGAGAGUGUUCAUUCAACAUUUCGAAAAAGCUUAUUUAAAAUGCCUGAUUGUAUGUAUAAAAAUACAGAAUUUAAAGAACGUUCAACGGAUAUGAAAGAAUUUAAUACUCACUUUAAUACAAGUGAAAACAUGACAGAAGUGAAAAAAAAUGCAUGGAGAGAGGAUCAUCAGCCUCCAGUAACUACAGACUCAGGUUUUAUCCUACACAGGGUAAAUGAUGGGGACAUGGCAUCUAAAAUUGGAAUUAAAAUAAAAUCGUUGUCCAGUGCUUCAAAGAUUCUGGAUAUGACAGGAACUACGGGAAGGAACUUGGAAAUUUUGAGGGCUGUUACAGAAAUACCAACCCAAUUUAGGUGUAUUUUUAAGGAGUUUCCAUAUUUUAACUAUGCACAGUCUAAAGCUUUGGAUGAUCUUCUUUAUACAGAUAGAAAUUUUGUGAUUUGUGCUCCAACUGGCUCUGGAAAAACUGUAAUGUUCGAGCUAGCUAUUACCAGAUUACUUAUGGAAGUCCCAAUGCCUUGGUUAAAUAUUAAAGUUGUUUAUAUGGCUCCAAUAAAAGCUCUAUGCAGUCAACGUUUUGAUGAUUGGAAAGAAAAAUUUGGACCCAUAGGACUCAGCUGCAAGGAACUGACAGGAGAUACAGUGGUGGACGAUUUAUUUGAAAUACAUCAUGCUCAUAUUAUUAUCACUACACCUGAAAAAUGGGAUAGCAUGACUAGGAGGUGGAAAGACAACUCAAUAGUUCAGCUUGUGCGACUGUUUCUCAUAGAUGAGGUGCAUGUUAUAAAGGAUGAAAGCCGUGGCGCAACGUUGGAAGUUGUAGUCAGUCGGAUGAAGACUGUUCAGUCUUCUCUUUGGCGUCUUUCAGAGAAUCACCAUGUUCCUCCUUUGAGAUUUGUAGCUGUUUCAGCAACAAUUCCAAACGCUGAAGAUAUUGCAGAAUGGCUUUCGGAUGGGAAGAUCCCUGCUGUAUGUCAGAAAGUAGAUGAGGAUCAACGACCAGUGAAGCUACGCAAAAUUGUUCUUGGUUUUCCUUGCAGUGACAGUCAGACAGAAUUCAAAUUUGACUUAACUCUGAACUACAAAAUAGCUAGUGUUAUACAAGCAUACUCUGAUCAAAAACCAGUACUGGUGUUCUGUGCCACAAGAAAAGGAGUGCAGCAAGCCGCUUCUGUUCUUUCAAAAGAUGCCAAAUUUCUACUGAAUGUAGAACAGAAACAAAGGUUACAGAAGUCUGCCAAUUCGUUGAAAGAUUCCAAGCUCAGAGAUCUUUUAAUGUAUGGUGUGGCUUAUCAUCAUGCGGGUAUGGAGCUUUCUGACAGAAAAAUAAUUGAAGGAGUUUUUACCGCGGGAGAUUUACCUGUACUUUUUACUACUAGCACCUUAGCUAUGGGAGUCAAUCUACCUGCACAUCUAGUGAUUAUAAAAUCCACAAUGCACUAUGUUGGAGGAAUGUUUGAAGAGUACAGUGAAACUGAUAUUCUGCAAAUGAUUGGGAGAGCAGGAAGGCCUCAAUUUGACACAAUGGCUACAGCAGUAAUUAUGACUCGUUUGAGUACAAGGGAGAAGUAUAUACAGAUGUUAAAUGGUGCAGAUAUAAUAGAGAGCAGCUUGCACAAACAUCUUGUGGAGCAUUUAAAUGCAGAAAUAGCAUUACGUACUGUCACAGAUGUCACUGUAGCUUUGGAAUGGAUACGAUCAACAUUCUUGUACAUUAGAGCUUUAAAAAAUCCAACUCAUUAUGGUUUGUUUGCUUGCAGUUGUUCUAAAUUUUGACAUUGGCCUGUGUUAAACCAGUAUUAUUUGUUCUUUUUGUUUUCUUAUGGGCCAUUGUUUUUUGAGGGGUUGAAGACAAGUUGUGUAAUGUGGUCCAUAACACUGCAUGGAAAAGUAGUUUUGUUUGCAUUAAUACAAAUAGUAGGAAUUUCAGUGCAAUAUAAUGUUAAAAACUAUGAAGAAGCCAUUUACAGCUUCAUAGUGAUCUAUUUUAUUCAUCCUAAUACACUCAGUCAUGUAUGCAUACAGAAUUUAGUCAUAAUGUGCUUUUCAACACUGAAUAGGUAGUCUAUAGCUAUGAGAAAGACUUUACCUAGCAUUUCAUAGUUUAGCUAAAACAAAAUUUUAAUAUGCUCAUUUCUUCAAUUUGUCUUGUUCAGAGCAGCAUCUUAAUUGCCAGCCAUGACCGUACCCUUGUUAUUGACACUUGUACUACAUCCAGUUAUG